AUGGGGCCAUGGACUAGCACGAUGGUCAUUGUUCAGAAGGCAGAAGUGUCUGGCUUCUCACAGAGUCACUAUAAACGUGUGUAUAUCAAAGAUUUUGAAAUAUCUGGAUACUAUGAUUCUAAAUCAGAUCUGUCUGUAUUUUCCUGUUCAAUAACUUGUAGUGAGUCUUCACAGUGUCGUUCAUUUAGUUAUAGAUCUAGCAAGGAUAAUGAUAACAAUGAUAACAAUGAUAAUGUGAAGGAUAAUGCUGAGGAUAAUGACAAUAUAAAUUGUUAUUUGUAUUCUACUGUUGCUAUAUUAACUUCGACGGCCAUUCCUAAAACUGGAUUUGAAUAUUAUUGGAAGUUAUCAGAAUCCUGUCCUGCAUCCUACCACAAGAAUUCCCAGAUCAAACUGUGUUUUAAAAUGUUUCCAACUGAUCCUGAGAAAAAGACAGUACUAGAAGCUGAGAAGAGAUGUGAACAAGAUGGCGGACAUUUAAUCAUCAUUGAUACAGAGGAGAGACAGACAUUUCUAGCUGUAUUUCUCAAACAAGCCACAAUUGAUAGAAGUGGUUUAUGUCUACUGUCUUAUAAACAGUUUCUAUAUAUAUUAAUUUAUAACUUUAUAACUGUGAUAUUUGGUAAUAUAGUUGAUAGAAGUGAUAAGACUGUUAAACGAAGUUUGGUAGGUGGUAUAGAAUUAGUAGCUGAUACAGAAGACUGGAAGUGGUUUAAUGGUGCCAAGCUUUUUGUCGAGUUGAAGGGACGACUUGUUGACUAA